AAAUUAAUUGGAGCAUGGGAGAAACUAAAAUAUUAUUGAUGGGAGAGGUACCCCUCGCUUGUGCUAAUCUACUAAUGCUAAUAGCUAUAUCAGUUCUGUAUGAAAUUGGAAAAGAAGAAACUUGAGGAAUCAACGCUGAAGAACUUAUCUUUGUUUACAUUAUCAUUAAGUCCAGCUUCAUUUUUCUGCGUAUUCCAUUUUUCUUAGGAGCAAUCUUUUCAAAUAGAGCAGGGAUGAAAAUUUACUAUGCUUGGAAUGCUCUCUGAGCUGCUGGAAUGACUGUCUUCUACAUAAUCAUCUUGGUCAACUUCUUCGAUUCAGGUAAUAAUUGCAAACACCCAGCUGCGAACAUUUGGACAGCCUUACUGCUUGUGACAAUAGAAGGGAUCACUUCAAUGAUCAUUCUUAUUUUUGGCCUCUGUUUUCUUGCUUACUUUUUAGCAGUAGUCUCUUUUGUAACAAAGAAAACUGGAGGUUAGGUAUAUACUCCCUCAUAAAAAAAACUGCUUAUGAAGUUGAUUUUAGUGACUUAUUAAUGAGGGUCAAUGAAAAAUAACCCUCAUAUUAAUUUUCAAUAAAAACAACAUAC